AUGUUCUCCCCAUACUCGGAAGAAUUCGAGGUGACUGAUCCGACUCUUCGACCAUUGGAAUUUGAUCUGUCUCCUCCCACUUCCAAACGAAUCAAGACCUCUGCGACAACCAGCGCUCCACCUCACUUGAUCGCUCAGCAACAAAUUCAUCCGUUCCACCGCUCAGCCUUCGAGGGGAUUCCCAUUCCUUCGGCACCGCUCUCCCAUCAGCAGCAACAGCAACAACAACAACAACAACAACAGCAGUUGCAAACACAGCAGUCGCAAAAUCAGCAACAUUCACAGCAUCAGCAAGCUCAGCAACAAACACACCAGCAGCAGCAACAGCCGCAGCAGCCCCCACAGCAGCAGCAACAACACCACCAGCACCAACCAUCGCAACAGCAGACUCAAUCUCGCAAGCGCCCCCAAUCUCCGACCGCGGGGUCCUCAAUCAUGAUGGCUGCACCCCCGAGUUCUGCGAGCGGCGUCGCCGAGGCGGACCCGGCCGCACCCCCUGCUCCCGCUGAGCCGGCGCCCAAGAAAAAGGGCCGUACCAACACUCCAUGGACUGCCGAGGAGGAGCAGCGGCUCAAGACAAUGCGUGACGCUGGCCGCAGCUGGAGUGAAAUCGCCAAGACUUUCCCGACGCGAACGGAAGGCAGUGUCAAGAAGCAUUGGUACAAGGAUAUGCAUUACGCUGAGUUCGCCGAGGACGAGUCUAUCAAACUUCGCGACGCGAUCAAGGAGUACGACGCAAACAAGUGGAAGGUGAUCGGUCAGAAAGUCGGCAAGCCUGCCAAGGUAGGUCCUAUUCUCGCCUCCAUAGCUGGUGAGCGGUGA